AUGAUAUUUGGAGUAGUAAUUCAAGUAUUCUAACUUGGGCAUCAAUUAUAAAAUCCACUGUAUCGCCCAAAUCAGAUAUAAAUUGAGAUUGGUUAUGAGUUUGGAAAUUAUCAUUAUAAAAGCAAUAUCUUUGAAGUAAGCAAAAGUUCAAAUUAAGAGUAGGUUUUUAAUUUGCUACCAGAUUUAGUAAGUGGUGAAUACAUUAGGAUAUCUUUAUACGGUAAGCCUAAUGUUAUGUGGAGCAAGCAAAGAUAUAUUGUUCUUAGAUACGUUGGAAUUCAAGGUCUUCUCCAUGAAAACAUUACAAGCAAAGAAAUCCUAAAUAUGGUUGCUUUGAAUGAUUUAGAGUUAAAUGCUCUAGUAAAAAAAGUUUAAUGA